AUGCCAGCUCAGGGGCCAGGGGCCAGAUUCUGCCUCCUGCUGUUCCUCUCUUUGGCCAGCAGAGGGCCGAGUGCAGCAGCGACCCAUUCUCCUGAGACAUUUUGGGAGAGCAAAACCUGUGCUUCUUUCCUGCCUAGAAGCAUCAAGGAAAUCAAAGAAAGUUGUGGUGAAGCAAGUGAUGGCCUGUAUUUCCUCUACACUGAGAAUGGCAUCAUCUACCAGGCCUUCUGUGCCAUGACCUCUGGGGAUGGCGGCUGGACCCUAGUGGCCAGUGUGCACGAGAACCACAUUCCUGGGAAAUGCACGGUAGGUGAUCGCUGGUCGAGUCAGCAGGGCAGCAGGGCACACUGCCCAGAGGGUGACGGCAACUGGGCCAACACGUUUGGGUCUGUAGAGGCGUCCACCAGUGAUACAAGGUUGAACCCUGGUUACUAUGACAUCCAGGCCCAGGACCUGGGCAUGUGGCAUGUGCCCAACAAGUCCCCCCUGCAGCACUGGAGGAACAGCUCCCUGCUGAGGUACCGCACCAACACUAGCUUCUUCCCGAAUCUGGGACACAAUCUGUUUGGACUCUACCAGAAAUACCCAGUGAAGUUCGGAUCAGGGAGCUGUCAGACUGACAAUGGCCCAGCUAUUCCUGUGGUCUAUGACUUUGGUGAUGUUGAGAAAACUGCAUCUUAAUACUCACCAGUUGGUCAUUGGGAAUUUGUUGCAGGAUUUGUCCAGUUCAGGGUGUUUAAUAAUGAGAGAGCAGCCAAUGCCCCGUGUGCUGGGAUGAGAGUCACGGGCUGCAACACUGAGCAUCACUGCAUCGGCAGAGAAGGAUUCUUCCCAGAGGCCAAUCCCAUGCAGUGUGGGGACUUCUCCUCCUUUGACCGGAAUGGAUAUGGAGCUCACAGUGGUUACAGCUGCAGCCGGGAAACAACUGAGGCAGCUGUGCUCUUGUUCUACUGCUGA